AUGGACAUUGCAAAAUCGAAAGGUCUUGGUGAAUUAUUAAAUUGGGAUGACAUUCAAAAGAUGAAAUUAUCUUGGAAUGUAGCUUGUGAAGUGUUGAGACUUGCACCACCUGUUCAAGGUGCUUUCAGAGAUGUCUUGACUGAUUUCAUGCACGAAGGCCUCCGUAUCCCAAAGGGUUGGAAGGGCCCUGCAACUCCUGAGAAAUUUGAACAUGCCAUAUCAUCAAAGAUUACAAAACAUGACCAGUCACUAAUGCUUCUCAAGAGAAGCAACUCAAAAUCAAUUGCCCGGGUGAUCAUUCAUCAAGACAAGGAACAUAACGAUUGGAUGGGGUUGGACCACCAAAUGGAUGAAGGAUCAUGGGACCAAAAGCGGCGUCAUGGUUUCACUUCAGAUCAAUGUAAUCAUAGCUUUAGCACUUCAAAAGAUUCAAUAGCCCAUCCAACAGUUCCGAGCCCAUCUUCUUGCGAAGUUCACUCUUUAUGCCCAUUAAAGUCUAUGCAAGGCAACACUGAGGAAAGCCCUUUCUGCACGGCCAACAAUAGCCCACAAUUCUACUCGGCUUCAUCAAGGAGUGGUAGCUCUAAGAGAGGUCCAUUCACUCCCUCUAAGAGUGACGGAUCAAGAAGCAACCUAAGUGGUCACUACCCCAGUUACAUGACUUGCACUGAAUCUUCAAGGGCUAAGGUGAGGUCCCUCAGUGCUCCAAAACAAAGGCCCCAAUUUGAGAGCUCUGUUUCAUCCAAAAGGUACUCAGUUCAUGGGUAUGGUGAGUCCAGAUCAAGCAGCCUAAGGGUUUCCGCCAACUUUGCAAACAAAGCUUAUCUGGGGUCUGGUCGUUUGGAGAGGCUUGGAAUGCCUGUGAGAGGCGAUGCAAUUUGGCUCAAUGCUGGCCACUGGAACAGAUACUAG